CAUAAAACCUAUAAAUUUCAUGUGUUAGAUGUCAAAUAUUAAAACAAUUUUGGGUUGAUUGUUGAUUUUAAUGGUAAUUGGUAAUAAAGAGCUCAACUCUUGUUAGGAACUUUCAAAAAUGGAUAUAAUUAAAUGCAAGUCUGAGUUUGAGGAAAAUGAUACGUUUUGCAAUAACAUUCCAGCUGAUAGCAAGACUAAAAUUAAAGAAGAAUCGAUUGAUCCGGAUGAAUAUGAAAUGUCUAGGAAUAGUUUCAAUGGAACAGACUGCAAGCACCACAUAUUGCUUCAUAAAGAUCUUCAACAAAAUGAUAAGUAUGAUGCAGAGGUUGAACUUGUGGAGAAUACUGAACAGAACCAAGAUUUUUCUGUAUCAGAUCUGAUUAAGCCAGAAAUUAAAAUCAAAGAUGAAGAUGCAUCGGAUGUGCCUGAAUAUUUUUCUGUGGAAACGGAUCUUUGUGAAGGCGAGAAUUUCCAAGUCAAAGAUGAAGAUGUGUUAGAUAGGCCCGAAUAUUUUUCUGUGGAAAUGGUUCUUGGUGAUGGUGAGAUUCACAAAGUCAAAACGAAAGAAGAAGUAGAGCCAGCUGACGACAAAGGCAGCCUAAAAUUGCAUUUGCCGUCUCAGGAUAAAGUGAAAAUUAAGAAAGAUCCUGGAGCGAAAGAAGAUAGAGACUUGGAAAUUCACAAAAGAAUUCAUACUGGGGAGAAACUAUUCCCAUGUAAAUUUUGUCACAAGUCUUUCACUACCAGAGGUGUUAUGAGAAGACAUGAAAAAACUCAUAGUGGGAACAAACCUUUCUCCUGUAAAUUUUGCCAAAAAUCUUUCAGUCGCAGUAGUAUCCUGAGAUUCCAUGAAAUGACUCAUACCGGGGAAAAACCUUUUUCAUGUAAAUUCUGCCAAAAGCCUUUCACUCAUAAACAUUCCAUGAAACACCAUGAAAUGACUCAUACGGGAGAAAAGCCUUUUUCAUGUAAAUUUUGCCAAAAAUCGUUCCCUUCCAGAAAUACCGUGAGACGUCAUGAAUUGACACACACCGAUGAAAACCCUUUUUCAUGUAAAAUUUGCCAAAAACCUUUUACUUGCAGUAGUGCUAUGAAACUCCAUGAAAUGACUCAUGCCAGAGAAAAACCAUUUUUAUGUAAAUUUUGUCAAAAAUCCUUCACUCGUAAAAAUGCCUUGAUAAACCAUGAAAUGGCUCAUACAGGAGAAAAACCUUUUUCAUGUAGAUAUUGCGAAAAAUCUUUUAUUCACAGCACUCACAGGAGGGUGCAUGAAAUGAGUCAUACCGAUGAAAAACCUUUUUCAUGUAAAUUUUGCCAGAAAUCUUUCAUUCGCAGCAAUGACUUGAGACACCAUGAAAUGACUCAUACUGGGGAAAAACCUUUUUCAUGUAAAUUUUGCCAAAAAACUUUCAUUCGCAGUACUGACAUGAGAUUACAUGAAAUGACUCAUGCCGAGGAAAAACCUUUUUCGUGUAAAUUUUGUCAAAAAUCAUUCACCCGCGUCCAUUCCAUGAGACGUCAUGAAAUGACACAUUCGAAUGAUAAACCAAUGUAAAUUCGUACCCUCAGAUUUAUAAUAUAACAUUUUUUAUGUAAAUUUUGCUGAAAAUGUUUCACUCAUAAAAAUGCCAUGAGAGUCCGUGACAUGAGUCACAUCAGGAAAAAACCUUUUUUAUCUGAAUUUGGUAAAAAUCUUUCAGUUACACUACAAGAGUCCAUGAAAUAAUUCAUUCUGAUUGCGUUCCCUUACAAUCACAACCUAAAACGUUCUGAAAGAAUUCAUAUUCUAUCUGUAGGGAAAUUCGCAACAAAUGGUUUUGCUGAGAAUUGAAAUUUUAAAGUACGAGAAAGAAUAUUCGUGAUGAGGUCAUUGGAACUUUCUGGAAAAAUAGGUGCUGGAAAUGAGUCAUUUCAUGUCAAAUUUGAAAGGCCAUUAAAACUUCAUACUGGUGAUUUUUUUUAACUACGAAUAUGAAUUUAAAAUGUAAUGAAGAAACUGAAAGAUCAUAGUAUUACUAAUUCUGCAAAAAAAAAUCUAUUGAAAGUAAUGAUCUGAAAGUUCAUGAAAUAACCCAUUCAGUAGAAAGAUCCAGAUAAUUGUAAAGUUGGCACAAAAUCUUAAUUUGUUCUGUACUUUUACAUGGAUAAUAAAUAUUUUACCAUUUUCAAA